GUACAACAAAAACAACAAGAAGACCAAAACGAAGUUGAAGUCAAGUUAAAUUUGUCUUGCUUAAGACAAAUUGAAGAAACGUAACAACAUUUGUACAUAAAUCCUUUUUGUAUAUAUAUAUACAUAUAUAAGAGCCCCUGCCAAUAAAUUGCAAAACAACAGCAACAACAACAACAACAACGAAACAAAGCUUUAACCUCCUGCGUCACAUAGAGUGUGAGUGAGUGAGAGAACCCGAGGGACGGACCGGAGACAUCCCGCAUUAGUGAGAGUGAGAGUGCGAGUGCGAGCGGCAAUGGACUCGACGAAUUCACGUUUCACAUCACGAUUACCAGGUCCUGCCAUCAAUUCCCUGAUUGAGAAUUCUGAUGAGCCGCUGCCCAGUUUAUCGGAUCCAGUUGACUUUGAGCCAAAAUUGGAGUUUGAUGAUACAGAACUAUUGACUCCAGCAACGCUAGAGAAAGAUGUUAUGGUUGGCGAUUUCGUCUUGCCAGAUGAUCCCGAUUUUGAAACAGAAGAGGUUGUGAAUCCUCUGGAGGACGAUUUCGAAGAUCAAUUGAGGGAACAAUCAACAGAUACUUUUCAAGCUCCCAAAAACAAAUGUGAUUUCCUGGGCACUGAUAAGCAAGGACGUCAUAUAUUUGGAAUCUAUGCCUCAAGAUUUCCAGAGAAAUCUCAGCUAGAAAAAUUUGUUCGUGAAAUUAUCAAAGAGAUUGAACCGUUCGUGGAAAACGACUAUAUACUUGUCUAUUUUCAUCAAGGACUCAAAGAGGAUAACAAACCAUCGGCACAAUUUCUGUGGAACUCUUACAAAGAGUUGGAUCGUAAUUUUCGUAAAAAUCUAAAGACCUUAUAUGUCGUACAUCCAACUUGGUUUAUACGUGUGAUUUGGAAUUUCUUCAGUCCAUUUAUAAGUGAUAAAUUCCGCAAGAAAUUGGUCUAUAUCUCCAAUUUGGAUGAAUUGCGACAGGCGUUGGGCAAGUUGAAAUUACCGGAAAACAUAUGUGAAUUUGAUAAUAAACUAAAUCCUAGCAAUAGUCGCGGCAACAGCAAAGCAGCAACAUCAGGAACAACAUCUCCAACAUCAUCAUCAUCGUUUAGCAAUAGUUUAAAUGCACCCCGGCAGCAGCAGCAUAAAAUGGCGCCGACGAUGCAAUUUGGCGUCCCUUUGAAAUUUAUUGUAAUGCACAGUCCCUGUCUCAAUUCCAUACCGCCUAUUGUACGCAAAUGUGUGGACUCAUUAUCCAUAACGGGUGUGAUCGACACCGAGGGUAUAUUUCGUCGUUCUGGCAAUCAUGCCGAAAUUAUGGCCUUGAAGGAGCGCGUUAAUCGUGGCGAAGAUGUCGAUUUGGCGAAUGUGAAUGUUCAUGUCAUAGCCGGACUAUUGAAGAGUUUCCUGCGUGAUUUAACCGAACCGUUGUUAACAUUUGAACUGUACGAGGAAAUCAUUAGAUUUCUCGAUUGGCCCAAAGAGGAACGUUCACGCAAUGUCACCCAAUUGAUACGUGAGAAACUGCCCGAAGAGAACUAUGAGCUUUUCAAGUAUAUUGUUGAAUUUCUGGUGCGUGUCAUGGACUGUGAGGAUCUCAAUAAAAUGACAUCAUCCAAUCUGGCCAUAGUCUUUGGGCCGAAUUUCCUAUGGUCGCGCAGCACUAGCACUUCGCUCGAGGAGAUUGCUCCCAUAAAUGCAUUUGUUGACUUUGUCCUGCAGAAUCACAAAGAUAUCUAUCUGAUCGAUGUCAAUCAGCGUCCAACUAAUGUGGUGGUUGGUUAGCACACACCCACACACACACACACACACACACACUCUAAUUAUGU